ACCCUCGCUGCAGCUUCGCCUCCGGCAGCUUCUCUCUUAAGAGGCCAGCCCACAGCCCCAGAUCCACACAGUCCGCUCACACGUCGUUCGGGGAAUCACCCGCAGAGCCGCACCGGGAUCUCUCACGCUCCAUCUCGCUUGGCGCUUGCGCGUAAAGGCACCGGGCAUCAGUCGAGGGCCAGACGCGCACCGUGUGGAUAUCUGAUCGUUGCGGUGACGGGUGGAAGGAGCCGAGGACACCGAGGACUUCCAGCAUCGGAUGCACUGCGCGCAACGCACCUGUGGAUGCAGCACACGCCCCUGAUGCUCGGACUCGAACCUAAGGAAAAGAGAGGAAUCGUCGCGUUCACUUGAUCCCGCUGCGCUCCGUGUGUUUAGAGGAGAGACGCCAUGCUGCUGAGCGUGUCCCUCCUGGUUCUGCCCCUGCUGAGCGUCACCGUGCGCGGCGGCGGCGCGUCCUACGUGCCGUGCGAGCCGUGCGACCAGAAGGCCCAGUCCAUGUGCCCCCCGGUGCCGGUGGGCUGUCAGCUGGUGAAGGAGCCCGGCUGCGGCUGCUGCCUGACGUGCGCGCUCGAGGAGGGCCAGCCGUGCGGCGUGUACACCGGGCCGUGCACGCGCGGGCUCCGCUGCCUGCCCAAGAACGGCGAGGAGAAGCCGCUGCACGCGCUCCUGCACGGCCGAGGCGUGUGCAGGAACGAGAAGCUGUACAAACUCCUGCACCCGUCGAAAGACGACGGCCACGCCCUGCUCCCCGUCCCCGAGUCGCUGCUUCCCCAGACCAAGGUGCCCUUAUAUGGCAGGGACCACAUCAGCAGCCGGAAGGCCCAGGCCAUGAAGCAGGCCAAGGACCGCAAGAAGCAGCUGGCCCGGCUGGGGCCCGCCAGCAACCUGGACUUCUCCCCACUGAGCCUGGAUAAACUGGCCCCCGAGUUCGGGCCCUGCAGGAGAAGACUGGAUAAUCUCAUCCAGAGCAUGAAGGACACGUCCCGGGUCCUGGCGCUGUCUCUCUACAUCCCCAACUGUGACAAGAAGGGCUUCUUCAAGCGCAAACAGUGUAAACCCUCCCGCGGUCGGAAGAGGGGGAUCUGCUGGUGCGUGGACCGGUUCGGCGUGAAGAUCCCCGGCAUCAACUACGCCGGAGGAGACCUGCAGUGCAAAGACCUGGACAUCGGCAGCAGCAACAGCAACGAAUGAGCGGCGCCUCCCACCUCUGCUGACAACCUGCCAAUCAAACUCUGCCCCCCCGGAGAACCCGACACAGACGCUCACGUGUGGUCAGGUGGGACGGACGGCGGUGAUUUACUUUAUGUUCUGAGGGGAGACGCACUGAGGCUGCACACGUCCCCGACUGUGUACUAUUCUCUUUAUAUCCAUAGGUCAUAGAGAAGUAUAUAUAUUUGUAUGAUAUAGAUACCGUGUUGUGUACUGAGUCUGUCGUAUGUUGCUAAAUUUUGAAAUCACGAGACAAGACAUAUUUUUAAAUGUGGCUGAGAAUGGAGUGGGACACUUGGGAGACAGAGUUGUAUUGAGUGUUCGUGGUGUUGAUGACGAGGGGACAUGUCUUCUGAUGUGUGACUCUACAUGGUUCUGUUUCCACUGAGCCAAAUCAGACCAGUUUGACUUCUACGGGACACUCCCAGUAGCUUUCCAUUGCAGAGACGUAUAUGUUUGUACUGGUUAUAUAAACAUGAGCAUGAAUAUAGCA